GUACAAAAUAGUUGUUGCUUCCAUCAUCGGUUUUCUUUCUAACAGCUCAACCAGACUAACAUUCAGGGUCUGAGGAUGACUUUAAUCUGGACAAUUGUUUUAUUUCUCAACACAAUAUAUCAUUUUCUAGAUUCAGCCAAAACUGUGGAAAUUUCCAGAACAUCGGUUCUUUCUGUGAAGUCUGGAGAACGUGUUACCCUUAACUGCCCGUUUGGAGACAAUCGUAAGGCUGAAAGUGUCGUCUGGUACAAACUCAUACUUGGAGAAAUGCCUCAAAAAAUUGGAGAAAGAUUAGCGUAUAAGGAUAUAAACAUUUCUCGUGAGUUCAUGACAUCGGGCUUUAAAAUAGAGGAGAACGAUAACCGCAUUUCUUUGACAAUUCAACAAAUAAAAAAAGAAGACGGAGGACUUUACUACUGCGGAAAGUGUAACAUGAAUGAAGUUGCCUUGUCCAAUGGAACUUUCUUGGCUGUAACAGGUACUGAAGAUGCGAGUGUCUCUGUGUGGCAGCGCGGCGUGUCGGACUCAGUUCCUGCAGGAGCCUCAGUGACUCUGCAGUGCUCGGUUCUCUCUGAGAGCAGAGCAGCAGAACUCCAAGUGCUCUGGUUCAGAGCUGCUCCACCACAAUCCCAUCCUCAAAUCAUUUACACUCAUCACAACAGCAGCCGUCAGUGUGAGAUCGACUCUUCUACACACACCUGUGUGUACAACUUCUCCAAGAACAUCCUCAGCCUCAAUGAUACUGGAACUUACUACUGCGCUGUGCUCCUGUGUGGGAAGAUCAUCUUCGGGAACGGGACAUCAGUACAGAUGGAGAACUUUCCGGAAAAUGGUUUGGCUUUAGGACCUGAAGUGUUCUACCUCACUGUAGUGGUGGUCGUGUGUGUGGUUGUGAUCUUCACUCAAACUUUUAUCAUCUGUAAAAUGAGAAACCGUGUCAGAACCAGAGCUUCGAGACCGCAACAAGGUUCUAGGGCAGAAAAAACACCCAAUAAAGAUGCCGAUGCAGAGGAGCUGAAUUACACUUCUUUACAUUUCAGUAAGAAGAACACUAAAAGAGUGAGCAGAAACCGAGACAAACCUGAAGACUGCGUUUAUUCUGAAGUGUUGUAUGGCACCUAGAUUAUAUUUCUAAUUUAAUUAGUUUAUUUUAUUCAUUAGUUUUAUUUUUCCUAAUUAAAGGUUAUUACAUAUCUGUGGUCAGUGUUCUCAUGUCCUGUGAUGGACAAACAAAUAUCCAUCAAAUCAUAUUCAAACUCUGUGAUUAUUUAUUUCUGUGUAAUUCUGUGUGGAAAAUUCAUCACAGCCAACAAACAUUGUCUUCAUGUGGUGUCUGUGUGUCAAAACACCUACACACUUGUACUCGCAGCACACUUUUUAUGCUCAUUGAACAUUUUCAAGGCCAUGUAGUGAGGCAUUAUGAUUAAAAUUGUCCCCAUGGUUAUAAAGAUUCAUUUCAGAACAAAUUUCAGUUGAUCUGAUUACAGACGGUUGUGUUAAACAGUCAGUUAUUGUACACUUACAAAGGGAAAAGUGUGUAAAAAUAAUAAAAAUGAAAGUGAACAUGUGGUGUAGGGACAAACGUUUCAUUUCCUGCUCUUGAGGUUAACUGAUCUAAAUACUGUUUA